AUGGCUUAUAUUGAUAAAAAGUUAAACACAAAAUAUAAAGGUAAGACCGAAGAUGAGAUUAAUGGAGCGGAUGCUGUCCUUGUUACCGCCAAGAAAAUUUACGAUAAGGAUACUAAUGAUCACUACAAUGAAAACAUUUUCAAUAAAGAUGACAACUGGAAAUGGUAUGGUACAACUUUACCAUUACAAUCACUGAGCCUACCAAAUUCGAAGAACAUGAAAAAUGGGUUUCUAUAA